AAACUGAAGGAAGUUGCCUUCCCCAGAGCUGAAGAGCUCAAGGAGGAGCUGUUAAAGAGGUACGCCAAGGACUAUGCUAAGUACAAGGAGCAGAAGAAAGAGGAAGAGGAAUUUGCGCGCAAUUUGGCUUUGCAGCAGCAGCAGCUGGAAGAGGAGAGGAAGCGGGUAGCCCUGAUGAAGCAGCAGCAGGCAGAGCAAGAGCAGUUCCACGCUUUCGAGGAGAUGAUUCGACGACAGGAGCUGGAGAAGGAACGUCUGAGGAUAGUGCAGGAAUUUGGAAAGCAAGAGCCGAGUCCUGAGUCUCUGGAUGGACCCCUCAUCCCUGGUGUGGAAAAGCCCCCGACUGAUUUAAUCGCAAAGGUUCCUGUCUCUCCAGUUCACCCUGCAAGUCCAUCAGCGGGAACCGUCUCAUCCAAACCUCCUGUUGUGGACAGAUCUUUGAAACCAAGUGCUUUGGGGAGCACGGAAAACAAUGCAAGUACGGAUGUCCUUCGCCAGGUCAUUGUCCCUAGGGAGCUCUGCCAGAAAUUCCUCCAGCUGGCUGAUGCCAACACGGUCCGGGGUGUGGAGACAUGUGGGAUCCUCUGUGGUAAGCUGAUGAGGAACGAGUUCACGAUAACCCACGUCAUCGUGCCCAAGCAGCACGGAGGCCCCGAUUAUUGCAACACGGAGAAUGAGGAGGAGCUCUUCAUGAUCCAGGAUCAGCACGGCCUUGUUACGUUAGGCUGGAUCCACACUCACCCCACGCAGACAGCCUUCCUCUCCAGCGUCGACCUGCACACGCACUGCUCCUACCAGAUGAUGUUGCCAGAGUCCAUUGCUAUUGUGACGGGGUUUUUCAAGCUGACAGAGCAUGGCCUGGAGGAGAUCUCUUCCUGCCGGCAGAAAGGAUUCCAUCCGCACCCCAAAGAGCCUCCUCUCUUCACUACCUGCAAUCACGUGUCAGUAGUCGAGCGAGACGUGGUGCUGAUGGAUCUCCGAUAGGCCUCUUGCCUUACCCGUUUACACGAAACCAUUACCUUCCUCCUAGGCCUAGGGAAACUUGGAUUUUUCCUCCUGUAGCAGAUGAUUUCUACC